UUUUUGCCCCUCGAGGGAAGUCACGUUGGGAUGUGCUCUGCUGGAGACGAAGAGCGCACUGCUGCGAGCGGAGAACAGAUCCGCCCGCAGAUGCAGGAGGGCUGCGAUGCGGAGCUUGCAAGUUUGCAACUGCAGGUUUCGCGAUUGGCGGCCCUGGUGGAGAAGUCGAUAAAGAAAAAGGAGCCUGGCAGCGUCGUGGCGGAUGCAGCCAGUAGGGGUGGCUGGGUUGCUGCCCCCAGAGGCCAACGAGAAGAGCCCACGCUGCCGCUCGGCGGUGGCGGGGGAUUUCUCCAGCAGCAAACGAGAGAUAGUGGGCAAGGACCACGGUCGCUGCUGGAAGGCGGCUGGGCCAGCAGAUCGGGAGCGAACCCUGUUGGACCAGCCGGAGUGGGCCCGGGCAUAGGACCGGACUACGGGGAAGCGAGGGGGUUAAACCCCCCAGGACUGGACGGCCAAUUGAUCGGCAACAACGAGAGACAUGCACCUGUCGGCAACCCAAACGUGCCAAGCUCGGAGCUGUACCGCCUCCAAUACACCAGCGACGAGGUCCAGAGGGGCCUCCAAGCGUUCCAUUUUGUGACCACUGCCAUCGUCAGAGAAGCCGACAAGGCGAUCGUGAACAAAUGCGAGACCGCAAAAGAGAUCCUCGCGGAACUCGACAAAAUCUACGAUCCGGAAUCGCAGGGCUCGAAACAAGCCCUCAUGAAGCAAAUGUUCAACUUCACGAUCCCCACACACAGCAGCAGAAACCCCAUCGAGCACCGCUCGAGCUGCUCAACGGCGCUGGAUAGCGCCGAGAUCGUCAGAAUCGUGAGAACGGUACACGCGAGCCUUCCGGAGGGGAGGAAGGCCUCGAAGGGCCAGCGGAGGGCGGAGCACGCUCUCCUCGCGAGCGACGCGACGGCAGCGGCGGCAACCAAAAGGGGAGAGGGGGUGGCGCGAAGGCUGGUGGCGGCGGCGGAGGCGGCGACGACGAUGCGGGUAGCAUGCGCGGUCGCUGUUUCCGGUGCGGCAAGAAGGACCACUAGGUGGCCGACUGCACCGAGAGCAAGCCCGUGCGAUGUGACAUGCAAGGGCUACGGGCGCGACAAGAGCAAGUGCCCGACCGAGGGGGCGGUGCUCGUGGUGGAAGCGCCGGUGGAGGGGGCGUCUGCAAACGCCACAGCACUGGACGUGGCAGAAGAGGCGCUGGUGGUCGGUGGCAUCUCAGGCGAGUGCCACAAAGUCGUUGGUCGAGGGGGUGUAGAGCAGGUUAGGCGGGGUAGGUAUGUUGCCCAUACCGGCGCUACCACCCACAUGUUCGCGAACUCAGACGGAUUUGUUCGUUACGAAGAGUUUGAUCGACGUGUGCGCGUCGCCGCCGGAUAAACCUUGUUCCCCAUCGCGGGGUACGGCGACGUGACGGUAACCCUUAGCUCGCGCGACGGCACAACCGACCUGUUGUUGAAACGGGUUGCACACGUUACCCGACUAGAUUACAACCUAGUAUCUCUCACUUCCCUCUUCGACGAUGGGCUCCAAACCGAAACUCUCCACAAGCACGAGUUGGAAUUGGAAAGAGGGAGGGGGUGAGUCGGUGUACUUCCCCCGAUGCGGUAACCCGUACGUCCAAACGGGUUUCCGCACACACACCGAACAUUCCUAUGCCGCAAUUGCUCCUGGCAACGCGAANUUCCACUGCGCGCACGGCCACUCCCACGAGGUGCUGCUGAGGACCACGGCGAAGCAGCAAGGGACGACGCUGGUGGGCGAGCUCCGGGAGUGCCUGGGGUGCUUGACGGCGAAGGGGAUUUCCAAGCCCAUCCCCAACAAGACGUCGACCCGAGCAGCUAAGAAACUGCAGCGAGUUUUCGUGGAUUUGAGUGGAAAAGCUAAGGUGCAGAGCUUGGGGUGGAAGCGGUACACUCUCAUUGUCAAGGAUGGUUACACAGGUGGAACCGUGUCUUUUUCCUAAACCACAAAUCAGACGCAGCUGAGGCUUUCGAGAGGUACCUUGCAGAAAACCGGGCAGACGGUGCCCCGUCCGAUGUCAUGGUCGUGAGAUCUGACAACGGAGGAGAGUUGUUUGAGGGAGAGUUCGGCAGGGUGUGCCGGAAGUACUGCAUCAAACAGGAGUUCACCCCCGCACACAGCCCAGAAUACAACGGCGUAGCUGAAGGAGCACUGGGUCUGAUCAAGGAUGCAGCACUAGCUGCUCGUUUCCAAGCGCCAACUCUUUACCCCCGAGCACCGAACUACCCUUCCCUUUUGGCCGAGGCCAUAGCUUGGGCAUGCAACGCCCUGAACUGCACCUCGACCACAUCCAACCCCGAGAAGAAAUCGCCGUAGGAGAUUUGGCACGGGCUCCCUCCCCCGCCGGGGGACGACGUACCCGUCCCUCAAACCUGUCGUAUA